CUGGAGGGGAAUGUGACCGCCUGAGCUGGAUCUAUAAAAGGAGCAGAAGAAAAUAUUUAACUCACCUCCUCCAGACGAAGAAGACCGGAGAGCAGAGGAAUCUUCUUUGUUGUCGGGAAGAUGUUUGUCAUCUUGAUUUGCAUCUUGACACUCCAAGAUGUUCACACUGCUUGUGUUUUGCAAGAUGUUUGCCCGGAGAACACAACAGUGCAGGCCGAGAUCGUAAAUGUUCACAACGCCUUCAGGAGAGCAGUUGAGCCUGCUGCUGCUGACAUGCUGAUGAUGACUUACAGUUUGGAGUUAGCAGCCAGCGCUCAGGCGUGGGUGGAUAAAUGUAUUCUCAGUCAUGGACCAGCCAGCACCCGUCUGCUUGAUGGAUAUGAAUUAGGUGAGAAUCUCUUCUAUUCUUCCUCCCCAUCCUCAUGGACCACUGUUCUUACGGCCUGGCAAAAUGAGAAAUCACACUAUCUUUACCCCAAUGGAUCCACCAACGGACAACCCAUCGGUCACUACACACAGGUUGUGUGGAACAGCUCCUACAAAGUGGGCUGUGGAUUUGCUCUAUGUCCCAACAAUAUCUACUUCUACGGCUGCCAUUAUUUCAGAGCUGGAAACUUUAAGCGAUGGCCUCCCUACAAGGUUGGAGCCUCAUGUGCUUCCUGCCCAAACAACUGUGUGGACAAACUCUGCACCAAUCCAUGUCCUUAUAUCAACACCUUCAUCAACUGUCCCAGACUGAAAGUCCUCAACGGAUGCAGCAACCCGCUGGUGUUUGCCUGGUGUCCUGCUUCAUGCAAAUGUACCACUGAGAUUGUUCCAAUAUAUUAGACUGAACAGCAAGAAUACUUAAUUUUCACGUUUUCUUUAUCUGUACUGAAUAUAAAGUUGGCAUCUGCAAAAUACAAAACAGACAAUAAUUUAUAGUUGGAAUAUUUGUGGGUGUAGCUUGUCUUAAUUGAAUGGGUCCACUUCUGUAGGUACAUCUAUAAAAAAAGAUAACUCAUUUUAACAUAGAAUUUUGCAAAAGUGGCAUAUAGCACGUCAUUAAGUGAAAGGUUAUGCAACUGUAAAGGCAUAUAGUAUAAAAAUUCAAAAGGUUUUAGAAAACAAAAAAUAUUUCAGAGGGUUUUCUUUGUAGCUUUUUCAUGUUUCCAUUAUUACGACUAUUUUUGGGGAGAUUUUGUUUUGUUUGUUCUUCUUGGUCCUAAACAAACCAAGAAUAACAGGUUGGGAAAAUCUCUUGGAUUUACCCAUCCUUAGGCCUCCCGAUUUCCUUUCAGUUAUGUUCCUUGUUAGAUCACCUGCAGCCAAAACAUGUCAACUUUUCCAGGAAACACACUCCUUUUUGUUUUUUUCUCAGCACAUUAUUUCCUUCAUAUUUUCCAUCUCUUAGUUUUUCCUCUUAAUUUGUUGUUGUUUGACUUGGACUCCAGGUGCCUUUGCAAAACUUUCAGUAAGUCAUAAGUUAUUCUGUCUUACACUGACCUGCUGUUCUGUCAUUAUUAACUCCUCAGCUGAACGUCUUGACUUUAAAUAAAUAUAUAUAAACAGUUGUUUAGCUGUGCCAUGGAAGUAAUUUUACAAGAAACCAGAUUAACUGGAAUAUCAAAGCACCGCUUCCAACCAACUGCUCCUUUAAACUACAGUUUCCUUCACAGAACAGAUAUCAGUAAAAUACGUUGAUGACUCUGCAGCGGAUGAUAACAGUCAAGUCUUUAAAAAAACAGAAGACCUGUCAGGACAUGAAAAACCUUUCAUCCGUCACUUGCUCAGCAACUGUAAGCUAAGUUUCUAACCAAUUGCUGUUUGGGAAUCGUUUUGUUAAGCAUCGUAUUUCUGUCAGCUACAAUGUGCAAUCUUCAGCCUUUUCUAGUUAUAACUACAAUAGGGAGCACAUAGGUACAUAGACAUUGAGCUAAAGUCUCACUUCAAUGAGAUUUUUACAGUUUGUUCCUAAAGAAUUGACUAACUAAACUACAAAGAUAGGAAAUUAGAAGAAGUGAAGUG